GCACUGCUUAAGUAUUAUCCUUUCUCCGUGCUGUACCUUUUGAAAGUUCGCAGAGCCGGCUCUCAGUUUUUCCCAAACUCUGUUUCUGUGUCUGUCUGUUUAUUCCUUGUUCUUUCUACAUAUUCUUCGUUCUCAUUUUCUUUUCAUUUUCCAUUCAUUAGCCCUACCCAUCACAAGCCGCCACAAUGCCUGAAAAGAAGCGCAACCCAAUAACGACCCUCGCGAUUUGCCUGUCAUGUCUCGUCUGUGGAAUCCCCGUUGCAGGCGUCCUCAUCAGCCUCGAAAUCACCUUCAUGCCCCCCAUGCCGCUCAAAGACCCCAACACCAUCAUCAACAGUCCGCACAUCGCACUCUUCGCUGCUGCCUUCAUCUCCAUCGCUUCGUCUGUCAUUGUAAUGCUCGGCUCCGUAGUCCUCCGCCACAUGAGCCCGAAUAACGUCAUUGUCGGCCUUAUAACCUUCGGGUUCGGUGCCGGGAAUUUUAUAGCCCAGCUAGUUAUCCUGGCGCUUGUGUAUAUCUCGAAUUCGGUGCAUCCGGAGGUUUUUUCAAGGACCGAGGUUCAGUUUGUUAAUGGCCAGUAUGAUGCGAAUGGGAAGCAGUUCACACGCGAGACGUGGUCGUGUAUGAUGGGGAAUUUGUAUUUGGAUAGGGAGCCCUGGUCGACGAAUGCAUGCUCGGAAUAUCACUAUGCCAGGUAUUGCACCAUCCUCUUUGUGAAUACCGCCUUUCUCCUUCUCACAAUCGCAUACUGGCCUGUUCGUAACUUCCUCUUCGCUGGAAGCAGACAAUCUGCUGUCAUGGCCCAAGGAAAGGCCGGAUACGACAACCCCCGAAAGUAAUAAGUUCAUGGCCUUGUAGAGCAGGGCUCCACGGGCCAUCGAACUUCUGGUAUGAAUGCCAUGUCAAGUCGAGAUUGAUAACUGGAAGGGGGUUUCACUAGUGGCUGGGUACUUGAAGCUACAUAUACUUUAUUGUACAUUAUAAAGAGAAAGGCUUAGAUUGCAGGUGGGGCUUGUUGUAGCGCCGUUUUUCAUUUCAUCGCGAUUUCGUCACGAUAUUUGGCAGGCUCGGAACGGAUUUUAGAGGGCGAUCGUGCUGGCGGAAAUAAGAUUUAGCAGUAAGGGCGUCGCCGACAAUCCUUUUAGAACAAAACGUCCCUUUAAAGUCGUCGCAACGAAUUUGAAAUGGUAUUAUAAUUAUCUUCUG